GUAAAUAAGAAAAGAAAGAAAGGGCAAAAGAAGAAGAAAAAAAAGGAGAUAUAUUAAAGGAUGGGGGGAACGGCGCGGUGUCUGCCCCUUCCCGAUAAGCCCGGUGGUUUGCUCGAAUGGCUCAAGAUUGAUCUGUGAAGCUAUUUAAUAAUCUUCUUCAACGAAAGUCACAGAUCUGUUACUUUGGAUGCUUAUAGGCAAAGAUCUGUGAGCAGCCAAUUGGUGAAAAAUAAAAUGCAACAGAAGAAGCAACAAAUGGAAAGAAGAGAGACAAAAAAAGGAGAAAAAUAAAAUUUUUUACGAGCUUGACAACUGUAACUAUAACCAACAUUGUUUCAGCGGCUGAGGCUGCCACUGCAGGCUUUGCUUUUUAAGAGAGAGCCCUAUGCAAACUGCAAAAAGCUUAAACGAGUGAGAAACUGAGAAGGGGAUUUCUCUCUCCUGACUUGGACUGUGAUAUAUCGAGUAGUAAAAAAAGGCCUUUUAAUCACUCCACAGCCAAAGUACUCUUGUGAAUUAUCGUCAUCAAUGAAUAGGACACAGCAACCCCACCUGCUACACUUCUUCUAGCCUCUUCACUUCUCUCUUUUCCACGCCCAUUUUCAGCUCUCCUCUCCAUGACAAGAACAAAAAGAUGAGGAGAGGUAGCUAGCAAGAAGGAAGCAAACGCAAGGAAAAAGGAAAGAGGGGAAGUGUUUUAGGGUCUUGGUUUUUGAGUUAUUGUUUUGACAAAGGAAUGAAAGUGCUAUGGAGGUGGAGGAGAGUCAGACGCAACCCAGUAAGUUCUCUAGAGUCGGUAAUGGCAGAAGUGACACUAGCAAAAUAGGCCAAAAAGGAAGUGGUGACCACCAAUACCCAGAUGACGAAGAAGAUGGAGAUCUCAAAAGGCCUAAUCUUGGCACUGGAAGUAUUGGUGGUGGCAGUAGAUCGGGCGGCGAUGCCGGCAGCGCCAAUAGGCUUCGUGGGUGGCAGCAUUCGUCACGCAUAAUUAGGGUUUCUAGAGCUUCCGGUGGGAAAGAUCGACACAGUAAGGUAUGGACCUCGAAGGGGCUAAGGGACCGGAGGGUCAGGUUAUCGGUGACCACCGCAAUACAAUUCUACGAUCUCCAAGAUCGGUUGGGCUAUGAUCAACCAAGCAAAGCAGUAGAAUGGCUGAUUAAAGCAGCUGCGGAUGCCAUAAACGAGCUCCCUUCGCUGAAUGGAUCCUUCCCCGACACUCCGAAGCAAUUAAGUGAUCAGAAAAGAACCAGUGAUGGUACUGAACAAGGGCUUGAUUCAGCUGAUGUGGAGCUUGAAGACCCCAAUUUUAACCAGAACCAGCAUCUUUCAUUGUCAAAAUCCGCUUGCAGUAGCACUUCAGACACAAGCAAAGGCUCAGGACUAUCACUCUCGAGGUCUGAUAUUCGCGUAAACCGUGUUAAGGCUCGAGAGAGAGCAAGGGAGAGAGCUGCCAAGGAGAAGGAGAAAGAGAAUGAAUCACGCAUGGCACAUCACCAGAACAUGAACCCCAUUUCUCAAGGAUCCACAUUUACUGAGCUUUUAACGGCUGGGAUUAGUAGUGUAAGCAAUAACAAUAACAACAACAACGGCAACAACAAUGGUGCUACUACUAGUCCUGUUUCUGAGGCCAACUUGUUUCACAAGGAGGCAGCCCCGGCGAGGCAGUGGCCUUUGACCCCGAUGGAUUACUUUAGUACAGGGCUUUUAGGGCCUUCAUCUUCGAGGACAACCCACCAUCUAUCGGGGUUUUCAGGACAAAUACAGUUGGGGAAUUCAAUCCCUCAAGCAAUGACAAUGUCGAUCCCGCAAUUCAAUUUCUCGGGGGAGAAUUCCCAGGAGCAGUUGCAGCAUUUUCCUUUCGUUUCCGAUCAUUUGAUCCCAGUGGCCACGACACAGCCCGGUCCCGGUGGGGACUAUAAUCUCAACUUCACCAUUUCUUCAGGCCUUGCUGGUUUCAAUAGGGGGACCCUUCAGUCCAAUUCUUCAUCACCGUCUCUUUUGCCUCACCUCCAGAGGUUUUCCUCUUCUCCCGUAGACGGCUCAACAAAUGUACCUUUCUUCAUUGGUGCUGCUGGAGCGCCGCCGCCACCACCUAUGGAGAAUCAUCACCACCAUCAUCAAUUCCCACCACCUGGGUUGCAGCUCUGCUAUGGAGAUGGAAGCAGGCAUUCUGACCAGAAAGGCAAAGGGAAGAACUGAUCACUGCUUUGAAGCAUUCCAUCUUCCUGGUCAAGUUUUCCAAUUUAAUGGUAAAUUUCUCAUCUGGAAAGAGCUAGCAUGGGAUAGUGUAUGGAGUUCUUCAACCACAUUUUUGUCAAUAGUGUGCCCAUGUCUAUUGUCAGUAGCUGAAGAUUUUGCUGCAGUCAAAGGAAGAAGAGGAUGAUGUAGAGCUGAAACUAGAGGCAAGUUGAAGCUCUUCAUUGCAUAUUGAUCUUGCUUGGAGCACGCCAUAGGUAUUAAGGACUCUUACCGCAUGUAAGAAAUUAAAGAAGGGUGGCCCUUGUAGCUCUCUGGAACAAAAACUUGGUGCUCCUAAUUGUUUGGUUUCUAUUUUAUCAUUUGCAUUCACUGCACAAAACAAAUUUAUAUUCCAUGGAAAUAAGUUGAAGGAUUCAUAUUCACUGCUCAUCAUGGAUAUAGUAUUUAGAUGAUGAUUUAGCAAGUCUGAAGCAAUCUUUUCAUGAAGCUUUUCUUUAAUUCAAAUUUUAUUGUAAUUUCCUGGUUGCUGUAAUCAAACAUGCGAAGUUUUUAUUGGAUGCUUUCGGAUACCCUUGAUAUAGUAAUAGUAACAGAUAAAUAUCUUACAAAACUAUGGCGUUUUAAGUGUAGAUGAUGCAUGUGAGACAAGUGUUACAAGUCUUUUAUAGCCUUGUUUUGAACAAUGUUAGUUUUUGUUACUAUAUUGUUCUGACUUUGGUUGCUUCGCACGAGAUCGUAUUUCUAUUGCAAUUUAGGGAUUUGAUGUGCCCUCAGCUCAUAAUGUUAGGAGACUCUUUCCCUGGAAGAUUUUAUACGCAAGCCUCGUUUUUCAGGUUGCUCCAUGGUUAAUGCAAUGUUACCUUUUCUCCUGAAAGGAGAGUUAGAACAGCUUCUGAUAUAUUGAACAUUUCGGAUACUGUGAAUAUAACUAUAUAUUUUCUGGUUUUGUUAGCCCAUUCUUGAACUUAGCAGUUGCAAUAAUAUAUAAAAAGAAUAUUAUAUAACGGAUUUCGAAUAUGCAAAACAUUAUCAGGCAAGAUUGCCCUUAAUUUUAUUUACACUGCAUUUACUGCUGCUUUAUGCUUUUGUGCAACAAGGAUUAUUACUCUUUUGUUUGCAUGCAGAAACUAUCAAAGCACAAAACCCAUUGACAUUAAUUUUAUUGGGAAAAUUUUGAUGCAGGUAAGCGAAGAUGGAGAAAUGCAUGGCAGGAAGCCACGAGGGAAUGCAUAUAUGCCUUCCUAACAUUGGGUGAUAAACCAUAAUAUUAGCUUUUGAAAGUGUUGGUGUUCAGCUUUAUCCAUUUUCUAGUCUUUCUGGUUGCAUUCUCAUAUGUCAGGAUGCACUUAUGUAAUGCGUGGGAAGCAAUUGUGUGUUUUUUGGAAGAAACAUGUAAAACAAUUCCAUCGAAGUUAAUUCUUUUUCCCGUCUAUGAUUAUUCUGAAAUUGUCUA